UCUUCCUGCCUUUUUCCCCCUUUAACUUUCCCUCUCUCGCUUCACAUCUGGAGGGGUUCUGGUGCAGAUCUGUGACUCCUUGCCUGCUAUGGGAAAGCCUGAGUUUGGACCAGAUAUCACACUUAAUUUCUUUUCAGCAAAUGUUGUUCCGAGGGGGACAGCUCAACAGUAGACAUGGACUUUCCAAAGCAUUCCAUUCUGCAGGCCUUCUGUGUGAUGCUCUUGGCAUGGAUGUUGGUGCGUUGCCAGAACCCUGUCAAACCUGAGGAAGAAGAGGAGGAAGAAGCAAUGAAGGAAGCUGACAAUGCAACACUGACAACAACUGAAUGUCCAUCGGAAUGCAGCUGUACAGCAGAUGGAACAGUAGACUGUGCGGGAGUUGACCUUACAGAGUUCCCUGAAGAGCUGCCUGAUAAAGUCCGGCGUCUUUCUCUACAGAACAACAAAAUCAAGAAAAUAACAGUGGAGCAUAUUUCCCAUCUGCAUCAGCUCGAGACUCUCAACCUUCAGAACAACUGGCUCACCACAGAGGGCCUUGAAGCUGAAGGUUUUGAGAUGCUUGAACAGCUGGCGUAUUUAUACCUGGCAAACAACAAGCUCACCUCUGCACCAAGAGUCCUGCCUCCAUCUUUGGUUAGUGCUGAUUUUGCUGCUAAUCAACUCUCAAGGAUCUACCCAUACACAUUUGGUCAUAAACCAAAACUAAGGUCUGUGUAUCUCCAUAACAACAAGCUGACAGAUGAAGGACUUCCUGAACAUAUGCUCAAUGCUUCUGACACCUUGGAGAUCCUCACCAUAUCCAGCAACUUUCUGAGGGCUGUUCCCACCAAUCUGCCAUCCAGUCUUCUCCGUCUUCAUCUGAAGAGUAACAGGCUGGAGAAAAUCCCAACAGCAGCAUUUGAGAAUUUGCGAAAUCUUAGAGAACUUUAUCUUCAGAACAACCUCCUCACCAAUAACGGCAUGGACAACAGGACUUUCAGCCAGCUGAGUAGCCUUGAGUAUCUUGAUUUGUCAAAUAACAACCUGAGCGUUGUUCCUAAGGGUUUGCCUCGCAACCUAGUGCUGCUGCACCUGGAGAAGAACGCUAUCAGCAGCAUCCCUGGAGAUGCUCUCACCUCUGUGCGGAACCUUGAAUACUUACUUCUGCAUAAUAACAAGCUGCGCUCACGCUCUAUUCACCCAAUGGCCUUCCAGGGCUUAAAGAAGCUGCACACUCUUCAUUUAUACAAUAAUUUGCUGGAGCGAGUUCCCAGGGGCUUACCUCGACGAGCUAAGACCCUUAUGCUACUCCACAACUUUAUUUCUGAAAUUGACCGCAAUGACCUGUCCUUGCUGUAUACCCUGACGGAGCUCAAUCUCAGCUACAACAAACUGACCAACCUGAAGAUUCACCGUGACGCCUUCAGAAAGUUGCGUAUACUGGAAACUCUGGACCUGUCUGGGAAUUCCCUUCAUGCAGUGCCCAUGGGUCUUCCUCAUAGUCUGCAGGUUCUAGAAAUCAAGAACAAUCAGCUCAGUUUGAUACCAGAUGGUGUCCUAACAGGAAUGCAAAAGCUACAAAAGUUGAUCUUGAGUGACAACAAACUAAAACUCAACUCAGUCUACCAAGGAGCCUGGAUGGAGCUCAGUGCUCUCACAACACUAGAUCUUUCUGGUAACCAGCUAACACACAUACCAUCUGACCUCCCUGAGUCACUGGAGUACCUUUACCUGCAAAGCAACCGGAUCUACAGCAUUACAGCUUCAGCUUUUGAAGGCACGCCAAACAUUAAAGGCAUCUUUCUUCGGUUUAACCGGCUGUCUGUGGACUCCGUAGAUGAGAGCUCUUUUGCUCACCUUGUCAACUUGCAAGUGCUGGACUUUGGUACAGGAAACACAGAGCUGUCCCUAAAAGGCAAUGACAAGGAAGGUGGAGAGAGUAUGGACCAGGAAACAUAGUUCACAGUACUGCAUGUUGCAGAUGAUGGAACAGGUUUAUAAAAGAGCAUUUUUUUGUAUCAUGUUGAGAUGCAGAGCAACAUAUUUCUGGUGCAGGAUCCCAGAGGAAAUUUAAUUUUAUGGAACAGCUGGUAUUGCAAAUGUCAAAAUUUAACAAUUUGCUUUUGAUUGUUAUAUGUAAUCGGUGGUUUUGUUCAUUUUUACAAAAAACAUACUCACAAAACAUCAAUGCCAUAAAUACAGUAUGUCUAAAUUAGCAACAACCAUAUGAGCAACAUAAAAGGACAAAGUUGCUUCCUGUUUUCCUUUUAAUCUGUCAUUUUUUAAAAUGGCUGCCAUGUCUGCCAUAUUACCAAUGCAAUCCAUUUGGAUUUGUUGAUUCAAAUAUGGCAAACAAAACACUCGUUCUGUUAUUAAAAGCACAGAAGAAAAAGAUAAUAGCUGAAUCAAACAUAGAAGUGAGGCAUAUAGUGCUAUGUUGUUGUACUUGGAUAUUUUACAUAACUAAAUACAGACUAACACAAGCUUAGCUUAGUUAUUAUUUCACAACAUAAAAGUUUUAAGAGUUUAGAUUAUGGUAAGUUUAAUAAAGCUGGUAUUACAAAAAAACUAUCAAGCAAUACUUUUUAGUGGUUCAGCAGUAGCUUUUCACUGUACAACCUCACGUUCUGCCAGCAUUUGCCUUUCAUAAAAAGAAAUACUAGCUUCAGGUUUCUAGUAGAGUUUCUCCCAGUCAAUUGUGUGAUCACAAGGUGUAAAACAAAUAUUCUCCAUAUGUUUCUGUCCACAGUUCCAGUUUUCCAUUUUUUUAAGCCAGAACAUUUGAUUUGUAGGAAAUAGUACAUUAGGGAUGUAACACAAGUCAUGGCUUGCCAUGAACCUCAGCUUUGGAGUCACAGUUUGAUAUGGGUUUGGUAACAAAAAAGAAAAAGAAACCCCAAAUGCUAGACAUCAUUACCCUUAAUUAAAACAAAAACUAACCUUCUUAAAAGCAGAGACAUAACAAGCACCACUCUUACUGCUUCUGUUUAUACACAACAAGGAAGGGUGAUUUGUUUGCAGAUAUCUCUAUAACAUUUUAAACAGUUUUCACAUUUUUCAUCCAAAUUGAUCUAAACAGGUUAUUCCUCAAACAAAGGGUUUAAGAUCAAAACAGAAUGGUAUCUCUUUUUCUUGAGAAUUGAUGAAUGAUAAGUGCUUGUUUUAGUUACACUAAUCUAAACCUAGUGCAAAAUAAAAAGCCACAUAGAACUGAAUAACUUUUCCUAGUCUGAAAAUAUUUCCGGACUACCCAUUAAAAACAAGAAGAUGGGUUCUUAAGUGUCAUUACUAAUUAUUAUCAGUCACUUAAAUGCUGCAUUGGUGUUGAGUUCUUCAGAGGGUAUCUCCAAGCAUUUUUUGUUGCAGUAAAUGACACCAAACAAUCAAAAUGUGCACAUCCUCUUCAGGUUGACAGAGUUAGUCGCCUAUGAAAGGCGUAUUCCUCAGUUGAUAGUAUGCACCGGCCUGUGAAAUCUGUACCAAGAUGGUAUGAACUUAUGUACUGUUACACUCCUAGCCAGUACAUUGUUUUUAUGACAACAUCCCCAAUUCAUCUAGGUAUAAUGACUUAUUGAGUUCAAAAUCUAUUUAACAAGCUCGACAUGGCCAACAAGCCGAUGGACAUAUUGGAUAUGGUGUGCCUACUUCAUAUGCUCCUGCUAUCAUGUGGUCAUGAGUUUAGUCAUAGUGUUGAGCUUUGUAAUCUUAAAACUGUUUGCAGAGGUCACUGAUCAAAGUCAGUCACUUUCCCUUCCCAACCUUUACCAGAAGGUUCUCAGUUUCGAACAUUCACCAAAGGAGGCAGUACUUUUGAACAUUGCCUGACUGUGUAUCAGAAACCUUAAUUAGAGAUUCCAACAUCCUUCAAUGUCUUUUCCACACACAAUUGAAAUUAUAAAAUGAUUUAAAUUAUUUAUCAAAUUUUAAAGUUUAUAUGGAAAAACAUUUCUGAUUGUUCUGUUUCAGCACUGAUCUGAAGUCAGAAGUUUUUUCGUAACACUCAAUGUGUUGUUUCUAUGUAGAUAAAUAUUAAAUAGUCACCAAUAAUGAAGUAUGUUACUAUUCCUUCCAUUGUGUUGUGAAAUGUUUCUGAAUGAAAUACUCCAAACAAAAAACUUUAUCAAUAUAUCUAAGGAAUUAGUUCACACUGCUUCUACUCCAAUAUGCUCUAGCAUGGUUUCCAUAGAGAUAUGAAAUAUUGUCUAUCAAAUAAAAUGCUUAUCCUAUAGUCUUCACUAUGUUGCUGUGAACACAGUGUCACAUUUACAUAUAGUAACAUUGUAUUGUCACAUACAGUAUUACAUUCACUCAAAGAAAGCAAUAAAUUAUUGAAAAAAAUAAA